AUGGCGAUGGUCCUGGAUGCUUUUGCAUCCUACGUGCAAAAUAUGCUCACCGAGAUGGUGAGCGGAGAGGUGCACAUGCUGCUAGGAGUCACAGACGAGAUCGAGAAGAUGGACGUUAAGCUUAAGGAUCUCAAGAACUUCCUUGCCGACGCUGAUAGGAGAAAUAUCACUGACAACAGUGUGCAAGAGUGGGUGGCCGAGCUCAAGCGUGCCAUGUAUGAAGCUGCCGACAUCCUCGACCUCUGCCAGCUCAAGGCCAUGGAGCAGGGUCUGUCCACUAAAGAUGUGGGGUGCUUCAACCCCUUGCUCUUCUGCAUGCGGAAUCCCUCCCAUGCCCAUGACAUUGGCACCCGCAUCAAGGCGCUCAACAAGAGGCUCAGCGUCAUCAAGGAGCGAAGCGCUGCUUUUAGCUUCAUCCCUCUUGGUUCCUAUGAAGAUCGCAGCAGCAAGGCGCAACCCUCUCAUUCUGGAAAUAAGAGACGCGAGACAUCAGGGGUGUUUGACCGGUCAGGUGUAGUCGGAGAGAAGAUCGAACAAGACACAAGAAAGCUGGUUGAGAUCAUGCUGAGUGAAAAGGAGGGCAACACCAACAUCAUGGUGGUCGCCGUUGUUAGUGUUGGCGGAAUCGGCAAGACCACUCUUGCCCAGAAGGUAUUUAACAAUGAAGCCUUGAAUGCUGAGUUCGAGAAGAUGAUAUGGUUGAGCAUCAAUAAGGACUUUGACAAGGUUGAGUUGCUCAGGACAAUCAUCACGCAAGCUGGGGGAGUACAUGGUGGUGAAAAGGCAUUGGCUGUGCUUCAGCCAAUACUUGCCGCUACCUUGAAAGGGAAGAAGCUAUUCCUGGUGCUAGAUGAUGUUUGGGACCAUGGAGCAUGGAAUGAUGUGCUUAAAGCAUCCUUGGCUAAUGUUUUGGCUCGAGGUAGCCGAGUCCUCGUCACUACUAGAGAUGAAAGAGUAGCUCGAGGGAUGAAAGCUGUGCUUCCAUACCACCAUGUCGACAAGUUGCAAGAGGAGGAUGCCUGGUUAUUGCUCAAGAAACAGAUAAUCUUAAGUGAGACAGAUGAACGUGAAAUUGAUAUGCUCAAGGAGAUUGGAGUGCAGAUUGUAGCAAAAUGUGAUGGUUUGCCUCUUGCUGUCAAAGUAAUGGGAGGGCUCUUGUGUCAGAAGGACAAAAAACACCGUGAGUGGGAGAUGGUUCUGGAUGAUUCUGUAUGGUCGAACUCUGGACUACCCGAAGAGCUAAACCAUGCAGUAUAUUUAAGCUAUGAAGAUUUAUCUUCUUCUGCCAAACAUUGCUUUCUGCACUAUUCCCUUCUCCCUAAAACUGAAGUUUUUGCUAACCAUCAAAUCGUUGGCAUGUGGAUUAGUGAAGGAUUUCUUCACGGGAGCUCGGAUGACUUAGAAGAACUAGGAAGCAAGUACUAUAAGGAGCUGAUAUUGAGGAAUCUUAUAGAGCCAAAUACAAUGUAUGUUGAUCAAUGUGUCUGCAACAUGCAUGAUGUUGUACGCUCAUUUGCUCAAUUUGUGGCUAGAGAUGAGGCACUAGUAGCUCACAGUGGAGAAACUAAUAUUGUUAGUAAACUUGGUGGACAUGGGUUUCUUCGGUUUUCUGUAGAAAGCAAAGCAUCAGAAUCAGAGGGGUUAGACUGGAGUUCUUUGCAAGCACAAAAGACACUAAGGGCACUAAUAUCAGUUGGUUGUAUAAACAUCAAGCCUGGUGAUUCGUUGGUUCAUUUUCCAUCUCUACGAACUUUACACAUAGAUUCUGCACAUGUUGUAGCAUUGCUUGAAUCUUUGCAUGAACUGAAGCACCUGAGGUACUUGUCCUUAAAGAAUACUGAUAUAUCUAGUCUGCCUGAUAGCAUUGGAAAGAUGAAAUUAUUGCAGUACAUUAGCCUCCGAGGAUGCAAACAAUUUGUGAAACUUCCGCAUAGCUUUGUAAAGUUAGGGCAACUAAGGUACCUUAACUUCGUUGCAACAAGUAUAAAAGGCAUACCUAGGGGGUUUUGUGCUCUAACAGACUUGAGGACAGUAUUUGGGUUUCCAGCCCAGGUGGAUGGUGAUUGGUGUAGUUUGGAAGAGUUGGGUCCUCUUUCUCAGCUCAAGCUUCUUCAGUUGGAUGGAUUGGAGAAUAUAACUUCUUCAUCUGCAGCAAAGGCAAAGCUUGGCGACAAGGUGCAUCUUACCGACCUAAUCUUAAACUGUGCUAGUAUAUUGGUAGAUGAUGGGCUGAUUAAAGAGGAAGAUGGUGUCUCUGAGGAAAAGCAACAACAAAUCGAGAAGGUGUUUGAGGAGCUCUGCCCUCCGCCCAGGUUAGAAUAUCUUAGCAUCAACGGAUAUUUUGGCCUACGGCUCCCAAAGUGGAUGAUGUCAUCAUUAGAUGUGUCCCUCAGUAGCUUGAGGAUUCUGUUCAUUACUGACCUGGCUUGCUGCACACAGCUUCCUGAUGGCUUGUGUCGGCUCCCCUAUUUGGAGUUCAUUCAGAUCCUCCGUGCUCCAGCCAUCAAGCGUGUUGGACCUGAAUUCAUGCAGUCCUACCAUCAACACAGUCCUCGUCCUUCCCAGAUGGUGGCAGCAUUUCCGAGAUUGCAUAAGAUGGAGUUAAUAGGAAUGGUGGAAUGGGAGGAGUGGGAGUGGGAGGAGCAAGUGCAAGCCUUUCCUGUCUUGCAGGAACUUAUGCUAAAGCAGUGCAAAUUGAAGUGCCUUCCUCCUGGUCUUGCCUCUCAGGCAGGAGCUUUGAAUAAAUUAACCAUAUACAAUGUCCAGGGUCUCAUCUCUGUAGAGAACUUUCCAUCUCUGGUCGAGCUGGAACUGGAUGAAAACCUUGACCUGGAGAGGAUCACUAAUCUUCCUAGACUGCAAAAGCUUACCAUCCAGGACUGCCCAAAGCUGAAGGCACUAGAAGAUGUUCCUGCACUCCAGAGGAUCAUACUCACAGAUGAAGACAUGGAGGCACUCCCAGAAUACAUGGGAGGUAUAAACCCAAGGCAUUUGGAGCUAUACUGCAGCCUAGUGCUGCUUACUUCCAUAGCCGCAGGACAAUCUGGCGCUGAGUGGGACAAGUUCGGCCAUGUUGAGCAUGUCAAGGCAUAUGCAAGCGAAGGAGGUAAUUCAAGGAAAUGGUAUGUCUUGUACACAGCUAAUCCCUACAGCUUGGAGACAAAUGUCAGCCACUCUUUCAUGUCCAGAGGAACCUUGACUUCCUUUGAGGACGGGCAAAGAUUUGAGUCUCUCUUCAAAAUGACGAGAAAAAACUUUAGCUACAUCUGCAGCUUAGUGAUGGGGCCAUCAAUGGAAGAUAUGAACAGCUACACCUUUGUUGAUGGGAGGGUGCUGUCUUUAGAAGAUCGGGUAGCCGUUGCUCUUAGAAGGUUGCAGUCCAGUGAGCCAACAGAGAGCAUAGCAUCUUCUGUUGGUGUGAACGAGUCAAUCAUCUUGUUGGUAACUGAGAGGUUCGUUGAUACUGUGUGGGAGCAGGCAGACCACCACUCAAGCUGGCCAGACUCCAGCGAAAUGGAUAAGAUCAAAUCCAAGUUUGACAAGAUCCACAAUAUGCAUAACUGUUGCGGGGUUAUAUGUACGAGGCACAUCCCAUUUGGACCAAACUGGGACCAUGAGAAGAAUGGCAGCACACUGAUACAAGUUGUCGUUGAUCCAGAGAUGAGGUUUAGAAACAUUUGGCUCGGAUCAGCAGGUAUGACCCAGUCAAGCCUUUUGCACGACUCUGCUCUCUUCAAGGAGUGUGUGAAGGGUGAUUUGCUGAAUGGCAGCAAACUGAAUACGGCACUAGAUGGAUCAGAAGUUGGGGAAUACAUAAUUGGUGAUGCAGGAUAUCCUCUUCUCCCAUGGCUACUCACACCAUAUGAGGAAGAAGAGCUCUCAGAUUUCAAGACGGAGUUCAAUAGGAGACACUCCGCAGCCACAACCUGUGCUCUGAAGGCGCUGGCAAGGUUCAAAGACACAUGGAAGUGCCUGCACGGAGAGACGUGGUGGCCAGCCAAUCUGGAAACUCUAAGUAAAAUAAUAUAUGCCUGCUGCAGGUUGCAUAACAUAGUCAUAGACAUGGAGGAUGAUGCAGCCAUGCGGAGCACUAAGUGGAGGAAUUACUCCAAGGAAGUGCGCCAGUUAGCAAACGAGGAUGCUGUCCGGGCGAGGGAUAUGCUAUCACAAUACUUCUUGGCUAGCAGGUCAUCUGAAUCGGUGAUGAAGCAGCUUCAUCAGGCUCAGGGGGUGAAAACAAGAAACAAGAAGCACAGACAAGAACAAGAGAUGAAGAAGGUGAAAGGGGAGCUACAUCCUGCUGGACGUGAUUGGAGCUUUUAA